AAAAAAAGAAGAGGUUCAAUGGGAAAUUAUAAAUCAAGACCAACUCAGACAUGUACAGAUGAGUGGAAGAAGAAGGUGAGUGAGUCAUACUCUGUGAUCAUCGAGAGGCUGGAGGAUGACCUACGCAUCAAAGACAGCGAACUGACAGACCUCAACAGGUCUUCAGCUCUGAUGAAGCUUUCCAGAAAGUGAACUUGAAUUACCGGACAGAGAGCGGACUGUCCCUGUUGCAUCUCUGCUGCAUGUGUGGCGGGAAUAAAGUCCACAUAAGGACUCUGAUGCUGAAAGGCCUACGUCCAUCCAGGCUUACCAGGAAUGGGUUCACUGCUCUACACCUGGCUGUCUAUAAGGACAAUGCAGAGCUGGUGACGGCAAUGCUCCACGGAGGGGCAGACAUCCAGCAGGUUGGGUACGGUGCCCUCACAGCCCUGCAUAUCGCCACCAUCGCUGGGCACCAUGAGGCAGUGGAUAUCCUUCUCCAGCAUGGAGCCUAUGUCAACGUCCAGGAUGCUGUCUUCUUUACUCCUCUGCAUAUUGCUGCUUACUAUGGCCAUGACCAGGUGGCUAAGCUGUUGUUGAAGUUUGGGGCGGAUGUAAAUGUGAGUGGGGAGGUGGGAGACAGACCGUUACACCUGGCAGCCGCCAAGGGCUUCCUCAGCGUCGUAAAACUGCUGCUGGCAGAGGGGAGCAAGACUGAAGUGAAUGCUCAGGACAAUGAGGACCACGUCCCACUCCACUUCUGUGCCCGUUUCGGCCACCAUGAAGUGGUCCACUUCCUGUUGCAGGGCAACUUUGAGCUACAGCCUCACUCCGUCAACAUCUACGGAGACACCCCUCUCCACCUGGCCUGCUACAAUGGAAAGUUUGAGGUGGUGAAGGAGAUAGUGCAGCUGUCAGGCACAGAGAGUCUGUCCAAGGAGAACAUAUUUAGCGAGACCGCCUUUCACAGUGCCUGCACCUAUGGGAAGAGUCUGGAGAUGGUCAAGUUCCUGCUCGGUCAGAACGCCAUGAGCAUCAACCAUCAGGGCAGAGACGGACACACAGGUCUGCACAGUGCAUGUUUCCACGGCCACAUACGUCUGGUCCAGUUCCUAUUGGACAGCGGGGCUGACAUGAACCUGGUGGCUUGUGACCCCAGCCGGUCCAGUGGGGAGAAGGAGGAGCAGACCUGCCUCAUGUGGGCCUAUGAGAAAGGUCAUGAUACCAUCGUCACUCUGCUCAAACACUACAAGCGUCCCCUGGAUGACUCCCCAUGUAACGAGUACUCUCAGCCUGGCGGAGAUGGGUCCUACGUGUCUGUGCCGUCCCCCCUGGGCAAGAUCAAAAGCAUGACCAAAGAAAAGGCAGAUGUUCUUCUCCUCCGGGCCAGCCUCCACUCAAGCUUCCAACUGCAGCUCUCUGACCUGGAGUUCAAUGAGAUCAUUGGUUCAGGCUCAUUUGGAAAGGUCUAUAGAGGCAAGUGUAAGAACAAGGUCGUUGCCAUCAAAAGGUAUCGGGCCAACACGUACUGCUCCAAGUCAGACGUGGACAUGUUCUGCAGGGAGGUGUCCAUCCUGUGUCGUCUCAACCACCCCUGUGUCAUCCAGUUUGUGGGGGCAUGUCUGGAUGACCCCAGCCAGUUCGCCAUAGCCACCCAAUAUGUCUCCGGGGGCUCCCUGUUCUCCCUGCUGCACGAGCAGAAGAGGUGAGGCCCUAAGCUGA